GCGGAAACCACACCUAUUUCGCGGCCUCAGCCUGUGUGGAUUCCUUUGCGGGUCUAUCACCCCCGCCACGACCGCCCUGAAAUACGCAACUCUGUUGUCUAGAAAGCAACCGUUGCUCAUCAUCGAGGAAGCGUCUGGUACCUUUCAGGGCUACCAUGCCGUUUACCCCUUGUGGAUCACUGUGCCCCCUUUUCGCACUUUUAAACGUCGACUAUCACAUUGCUAUCGUACUUUCCUCGCUUUCGCCUUCUUUGCAUCCUGUCAUUUGCUAUUCGUUACCUUUCAUGAUCCCAAGUACUACGUUGUUUUACUUUCUUUGCGACUUUACUAGGUCUAUGUCUUAUGACCCACCGAUACCCAUGUGUUCCUGCGCAGCGAGCCUUUUUUUCACGUUCUUGAGCAACCGUCCACUAGUAGAACGUGACGGCAUUAUGAAAUACAUUGAUGAUGUUGUGGGGGCGAUCAUGUCUCGUACAACUGAGGCGCAAGAGCUCUCGUCGGCUUGCUGUGCAGAAACACAUGGAGGCGCAAGCGCUAGCAUUGAAAGCAUCGAAAUGGUAACUGUAAACGUAUACUUCAUCGUCGGAAUUCGGACCAGCGUAAUUCUAUCACGGAUAGGUAUUGGCGCCUCCUCUCUAUCAGCCACUAAAGGCGCUGGCACAUAGACCAUUCAGAGUCUGGGCUGGUCAUGCCGGCCAAUCGCAAGUUCAAAAGUUGGGGAAAAAAACACUAUAAGAACGGCAAUCAAUUCGCUGGGAUCCUUCAAUCUGGGUCUAUGUUUGGUUCCUUUCUCCGCUGCUGAGAAAUAAAUUGCUUCAGAAUCAAGAAUGUUCUGAUAGAGUCCUGUAAUAUAUCACCACACAUUGAAGCUCCGUUAGCAGGUCGUAAAGUUGUUGAAAUCUAACUGUAUAACCUUAGAUGAGCGUCGAUGAGCUACCGCGUUUUCUAAACCUUGUUUACAGCAGAGAAAUCAACUCUGACAACCGGCUCUCGGUAGCAACA